AUGGGAAACACCAGCAGCAGCAGCGCCGGCGGCAGCAGGCCCCACCGGCCGACGACCUCGUCGGACUCGGGGCUGCCGCACGCCGCGGCGGCGGAGGAGCUCAGCUCGUACGAGGCGGCGUGCCGGCACGACCCGGAGGUGCGCACCUUCGACUCCACGCUGCAGCGCCGCACCAGCCGCGCCAUCUCCACGCUCGCGGUGGGGGUCGAGGUGCGCUCCAUGUCGCUCGACUCCCUCCGCGAGGUCACCGGCUGCCUCCUGGACAUGAACCAGGAGGUGGUCAAGGUCAUCCUCGACUGCAAGAAGGACAUCUGGAAGAGCCCCGAGCUGUUCGACCUCGUCGAGGACUACUUCGAGAGCAGCCUCCACACCCUCGACUUCUGCACCGCGCUCGACAAGUGCCUCAAGCGCGCCCGCGACUCCCAGCUCCUCCUCCACGUCGCCCUCCAGCGCUUCGACGACGAGGACGACAACGACGGCGACGCCGCCGCCGCCGCGCCCGCCGCCCGGUACGCGCGCACGCUGCACGAGCUGCGCCAGUUCAAGGCGGCCGGGGACCCCUUCACGGACGAGUUCUUCGAGGCCUUCCAGGCCGUGUACCGGCAGCAGCUGGCCAUGCUGGAGAAACUGCAGCAGCGCAAGCACCGGCUGGACAAGAAAAUCAAGACCAUCAAAGCGUGGCGCCGGGUGUCGAGCGUCAUCUUCGCGAGCACCUUCGCGGCGGUGCUCAUCUGCUCGGUGGUCGCCGCGGCCAUAGCCGCGCCGCCUGUCGCAGCGGCAUUGGCCGCGGCGGCCGCGAUUCCGAUAGGGUCCAUGGGGAAGUGGAUCGACUCGCUGCUCAAAGGGUACCAGGACGCUGUCCGUGGGCAGAAGGAGGUGGUGAGCGCAAUGCAGGUCGGGACGUUCAUCGCCAUCAAGGAUUUGGACAACAUCAGGGUGCUCAUCAACCGGGUGGAGAUGGAGAUCAGCUCAAUGGUCGACUGUGUGGACUUCGCGGAGCGGGACGAGGAGGCGGUCAGGUUCGGGGUGGAGGAGAUCAAGAAGAAGCUGGAGGCCUUCAUGAAGAGCGUCGAGGACCUCGGGGAGCAGGCAGACCGGUGUAGCCGAGACAUCCGCCGAGCAAGGACCGUCGUGCUGCAAAGGAUCAUCCGGCAUCCCAACUGA